AUGUGCACGGCAACCGAACCAAAGGGAACACCGGAUCCAGAUGAUGUGCCUAAUACCAAUGUCCAAUACUGUGUGGCGGUGAAAACGAGGCUUGGCAGAAACACAAUUGCAAUGGGAGCUGAAGUGGAUUGCAUUGAAGGCGAGAAACCAAAGGAUGGCAAUCUUUUACGGCAAUACGUCGAGCUCAAGACGUCGAGGAGGAUGGAUACCCAGCGACAAAAGGAAAACUUUGAACGUCUUAAGCUUCUCAAGUUUUGGGCGCAGUCCUUUUUGAUUGGUGUUCCCAAGGUGAUUUGUGGGUUUCGAGACAACGAUGGUGUAUUUAGCCAUUUGGAGGCUUUCAAAACAUUGGAAAUCCAACGCAAAAUGAGACACGGUGCAGGGGUAUGGAAAAUGAUCCCAGAGUUACAUAUUCGAUCGUGUGGAAUGCCCCAAUGGAGCGAGAUUCGAGUAUCAUGUGCUGGACAUGUCAAUGCGUUCCCUCCCCAGUGGUAUCUUGAUGGCGAGGCAAGUCAUGGUACUGGUGGCCCUAGAGCGCAACAAGGAUCAAGCAGCAAGUAG